ACAGUCUGUACAGUUGCCUAUAUAUUGCUGCAUUAAGCACUUGAACAUUUUUUCCCAUGUUGGAUAAGAAAUGGAGCUGGCACUUGUUCUUCUCCUGGGCGUAACAGCUGUGUGCGGGUGUGGUGCACCCAACUAUCCUCCCAACACAAACCGAGUGGUGAAUGGGGAGGAGGCCAGGCCGUACAGUUGGCCCUGGCAGAUCUCCCUUGAGUCCUUCUUCCCCACAUGUGGAGGGACCCUCAUAGCACCCAACUGGGUCAUGACUGCUGCUCACUGCAUCACAUUUCAUACGUAUAAUGUGGUCCUGGCUGAACAUGACAUGGAUAAAGUGGAGGGUCCUGAACAGACGAUUAGAGUGGAAAAAAUGAUCAUUCAUCCAAAAUGGAAAAAAAACUGUCCUUCUUGUGGUAAUGACAUCGCCCUGCUGAAACUGCAGACUAGUGCUGUUCUAAAUGACAAAGUUCAGCUGGCCUGCGUUCCCAAACAAGACAGCACUCUCUCUCACAACUACCCCUGCUACGUCACCGGCUGGGGGCGCCUCUACUCACAAGGUCCUCAGGCCACUAAGCUCCAGCAGGCUCUCCUCCCAGUGGUGGAGUAUAAAGUCUGCAGUCAGAGCGAUUGGUGGGGCAGCUCUGCAAAAACAACUAUGGUCUGUGCAGGAGGGGACAGCAAGUCUGCAUGUCAUGGUGACUCUGGAGGCCCACUGAACUGCAAAGGCAAAGAUGGUAAAUGGUACGUGGAGGGAGUGACCAGUUUUGUGCAUGGAAGCGGCUGCAACACUCCCAAGAAACCGACGAUGUUUACCCGAGUGGCUUCUUUCAUUCCCUGGAUUAGUGAGACCAUGAGCAAGAACUGAAGCUGAACACUUGAAACAUGAACAUGAAAACCGC